AUGGCGCUUCAGCUUCACAUUCCUCCCUGCAUCCGCAAUCCACCUCAUCACCACCACUUUCCACCCGUUGAUAAACCGCUAAGAAUCCGGAUACAGGGACCGCUUCAGUCUAUUCAAAAGCUGGUCCCCCACGUCCAAUGGCAUCCUAUUCGGCCUUUCCCACAGCCUGGGGGGCUAGAACUUGCAAAGCUUACACAUGAGACCUUGUAUGGGCAAAGUCGAAUUGAUAGCGCACCAGUUGUGCGGGAUGAGUACCUUGCCUGGGUUAUGGAAGGAAGGAGGCCACUUGACUAUAUUGACUACUAUGGGGUUACAUUUGAUCACCUCAUUGCUCCCAAUGAUCAAAACCCAGAGGUCCUCGUGAUCAACAUCAUUGAAGUUGAUAAUAAUGGGGGAUAUGCUGACGGAGGGAAAUACGCAAAUGAGGUUCUUGCCUUCUCAGUAAAUACAAGUGAUUAUACAGGGAAGAAGGUUCUUGCAGUGCCCAGAUGUUGUCAGCAUAAAAAGGGUACACAGGAUCGUACUCUAAUAAAUGACAUGGUAGCUGAGCGGAGGAUUUAG